AUGGGCUUUACAAACUACAUCUCCUUCCUCGAUCCGGCUACGGGUUCUCCGCGCAUCGGACACUAUGAGGAAAGUCAAGAUAGCAUUCAGCCUCUAUCUUUCGCUUCGGGCACACCCAUCUCCAACCUUUAUCAAGUCAUUGAGGCAGGCGAGGAGAACAUAGUGGCUGUCAGCCAGCCGCUCGCCUUUUCCUCAACCAAUAUCCUCCCACCCAUUACCGGCCGCGACAUUCUAGCUGUUGGCAAAAACUACUCGGAGCACGCGAAAGAAUUCAAUAGCUCUGGGUACGACAGCUCCGACAAGUUUGACAUCCCCACGCACCCUGUGAUCUUCACCAAACGGGCAACAUCGAUCAUCGCCAAUGGAGAAGAAAUCUACCCACAUCCGGAGUUUACCAAGAGCCUCGAUUACGAAGGGGAGAUUGGUGUUAUCGUCGGUAAAGCUGGUUUCCGUAUCAGCGAGCAGGACGCGUUAAACCAUGUUUGGGGCUACACAAUCAUCAAUGACAUGACCGCACGGGAGAGGCAGCGAGACCACAAGCAGUUCUACAUCGGAAAAUCGGCAGACACAUUCUGCCCAAUGGGUCCGAUUGCCGUUCCCUUUAAGCAUCUGCCAAAAGUUCUCCGUGUCCAGACGCACGUGAACGGCGAGCUCAAACAGAAUGCUACGACAGAAGAUCUGAUCUUCUCGAUACCACAUCUGAUCACGACGCUCUCGGAGGGACAAACGCUGCAGCCAGGCGACGUGCUCGCAACCGGGACCCCUGCCGGCGUUGGUAUCGGCAAGAAGCCGCCAGUCUUCUUGAAGCCCGGCGACGAGAUCACCGUUUCCGUAACUGGGCUGGGCUGUCUUCGAAACAAGAUCGCCUCACCAUCCUCCACAAACUACACCGUUGAGCGCGUGGAAAGCGAAUCCUCCGUCCCCGUAACCAAUCUCAGCAAAUCCCCAGGUGGCAGUGGGCUGGCCACGAUAAACGGCAAGAAUCUCCACUACGAGUCCCUCGGGUGCGCAGGCAGCGCCCCGAUCGUGUUCGUCCACGGGCUCGGCGGGACGCUGGAAUACUGGAAACCGCUAAUCACCGCGCUCUCGCUAGCCGAGACUCACUCGCUCCACCUCUUCGAUCUCGAGGGCCACGGCCUCUCGCCGACAUCGGCCCUGAGCACCUUGAGCAUCUCCUCCUUCGCUGAAGACGUCAAAGGCGUGUUCCAGCACGCCGGCAUCUCUUCGGGCGCGACGCUGGUGGCGCACUCCAUGGGCUGCCUGAUCGCAAUGUACUUCGUGCUCGCCAACCCGGGGCUCGUGGAGAAGCUCGUUUUGGUCGGCCCGCCGCCUUCCCCGCUCCCCGAGGCGGCCAGCAAGGGCUCUUAUGCGCGCGCUGAGAUUGCACGGACCGAAGGCAUGGCCGCCGUCGUCGAUGCCGUACUUUCCACCGGGGUCUCUGACCACACGAAGAAGUGCAAUCCCGUUGGCGUGGCGGCUGUGCGGUUGUCGUUGCUUGGUCAAGACCCAGAGGGCUACGCGAAAGCGUGUGCGGCGCUGGCUGGGGCGACGGAUACGCUUGACUAUGACAGCAUAAGCGCGGAGACGAUUGUCAUUACCGGUGAUGAGGAUCAAGUGUCGCCGCGAAAGUUGUGCGAGAAGUACGCUGAGAGUGUUUCGAAGACACGAGACCUGGUGGUACUGAGGAAUGUGGCACACUGGCACGUGUUCGAGGAUUUGGCUGGUGUUGCGGGCGCGCUAGAAAAGUUUCUCUAG